UCGGGUGCUCACCUGACAGAGCGUCCACCUCGCGGGUCCCCAGGUGAGAGGCAGGUGUGCCCAAGGGCCCCUUGUCCGGGCAUCUGUUCCCUGUCCUGUGCUCCCCUGACUGAGGGACCAUCUCGAGAGUCACCAGGUGACAGGCAGGUGCGCCCGAGGGCCCCUUGUCCAGGCACCUGUCACUUCUCCUGUGCUCAUUUGACUCAACAUCCAUUUCGCCAGAUUGAAGAUGGAAGAACCACAAGAGAUUUCUUCCACUAAUGAUGGCUGUGUAGGUGACAUAGUCAUAGAGAAAUACCUGGUUGAAUCCAAGGAGUCCGCGUCCCACUUCCAGCUUGCUUGCAGUGUGCCGCACUGUGCUUUCCCUCUAGAUGGAAACAAACUUUGCAUAUGGAACACCAAUGACCCUUCUCACCGGCUUUUAGUGCUAAGAGGACACCAUUGGCCAAUUACUGCCAUGGCGUUUGGAAACACAGAGAAUCCACUUCUAAUCUGUUCUGCAUCACAAGACUAUGUUAUAAUGUGGAACCUGGAUGAAUGCAGAGAGAAAGUACUUCAAGGGUUGAUUCCUCGAGGGACGGUCAUGGGCACCCUUCUGGGAGAGGUGCUGUGUUUAAGAUUUAGUCCGGAUGAUAGUGUGGUUGCAGUGUGUGCUGGAAAUAAGAUACUCAUGCUGGAUGUUGAGAGCUUGUCCAUACUAGCUGAGCUGGAGGGCCACCGGAGGCCUGUGACUGCAGCUGAGUUUUGUGCUUGGCAAGCACGAAUCAUCAUCUCAGUGUCUGGGGACAGAAGCUUUAAGGUUUGGGACCAUCAUCUGGGAUCAUUAAUAUACAGCUCGUCAGUGUUAACAGCCUCCCCACUCCUGAGUCUCUUCAUCGAUGAAGAAAGUCAGCAGCUGGUUACUGGGUGUGCUGAUGGCCAGCUUUGGAUCUUCAGUUUGGGUGAAAGACAUCAUUAUCGUUGUGUGACACAUGUUGACCUAAAGAAAAAGACAGAGAGUGUCUCCUCCAGGAAGGUCAAGUCCCAGCCCCACAACCUGCCAGAAGAGAGUCAGCUUCCCUCCACGAAUGGACCGGAGAAAGGAGGAGAGACUGAAGUAGCGCUUCCUAUCCUGAGUCUGGCGCACUGUGACCUGUCGCUUGUUCUAAGUUCCGAACGUGGAUUUGUUUCUUCUGAGAACGCCAGCUGCUUGUGGAUUGGAAGCUCAGCUGGUUUAUUCAUAUUUAACUUGGCAAACUUUGAACUGGAAGCAGUUUUGUAUUACAAAGAUUUUAGGAACCUCAGCAUUCAAGUUGCCGGAUCAUGUGCAAUGGUGAGCAAAACUGGUCAUCAUGAGGCGUUCUGCUUACUCACGUCCAUGUUCGGAAGUGAGGUUGCCAUGUUGGAGAUCCACGUCGCCGCUCUGAUGAGGUCUUGCCGGCGCCCCGACUUGGGAGAGGAUCUCUCAGUGCUGCCUCGCUCUGGUGUCUUACCAACCUCUCCACUGUAUUUUGGAAUUGUUGAGGAAAAAAGUGGCAAGCCGGCUAGUCAAAAACAAUCUGCUGUACGGAGUGUCGUAAAGGACCAGCCCCUGAUUUUCCACAGUAGAGUCAGGUCAUCUGGGUACGCAGCCGCCCCGCAUGUAACCAUGUUUUUACCAAAAACUAACAUCAAGAAUGAUGGUAAAAGAUCUUCAAGCUGCAAGAACAAUACCAAAUGUAAGGAAUACCGUUUGGAGAGCUCUCUGCCCAGCAGACUCAGCAAGCAGCUCGCUGUAGCCGGUGACACUGCGGCCGUGAGCUGUCUUCAGUUCUCAGAUGAUGGACGGCGGCUGGCCUGUGGCUUAGCCAACCACUUGUCACUGGUCUUUGAUGCCGAUCUUACUGGGACACCUGCUGUUUUUUCAGGUCACGACAGGGCAGUGAGCACCGUGUGCUGGAGCCACAACGGCAGGUGGCUGCUGUCCGCUUCCCAGGACGGGACCCUGCGGGUCUGGUCGGUGCGCAGGACGGAACUCGCGUUGUGUCUGGGCAAAGGCAUGUUUUCUAAGCCCAUACAGUCUGCACAGUUUUACUACAUGGAUACCUUCAUACUGUUGUCGUCCGGCCCUGAGUGCCAGCUCCUCAAGUAUCAUGUUGACACCUGCAAAGAGGACCUGAGAAGGUAUAAACAGAAGAGCAGGUGCAAAGCCGUGUUCAGCCUCCGUAUGACGGAUGCGGUGGAGAUGACCAGCUUAUCGGCAGUAAACGACUUCUACUCCUACAUUGUGCUGGCCGCCGGCCGAAACAGGACUUUGGAAGUUUUCGACCUCAACGUGGGCCGCAGUGCGGCCCUCAUAGCAGGAGUCCAUUCACGGCCUGUCCACCAAAUUUGUCAAAAUAAAGGAUCGUCAUUUACGACCCGGCAAUCUCAGGUUUAUAAUCUUUUCACAACCACAGCCGUUGGUGAUGGGAUAAGACUGUGGGACUUGAGAACCCUGAGGUGUGAGCGCCGUUUUGAAGGUCAUCCGAGCCGCUGUUAUCCCUGUGGAAUGGCUUUUAGCCCUUGUGGACGAUACGUGGCCUGCGGUGCUGAGGACAGACACGCAUAUGUGUAUGAAAUGGGCUCCAGCACUUUUUCUCAUAGGCUCGCGGGACACACGGACACAGUCACGGGAGUGACCUUCAGCCGGUCUGCCCCGCAGGUACAGUCUUCCUGUGUAGAUACCUCUGGUGCCUAUAGGUCUCACAUCAUAUUUUUUGUGUCUGUCAGACUUUAUUUUAGUGAAAUUUUGUUAUAUUUCAGAUUACAUGCCGAUUUUCAUUGAGUCUACCUAGGGAGGCAAACUUAGGAAAUAGACCUUUACUGGAGAGAAAGGGAAAUCUAGAGUGUUUUCUUUUACAAUAGAGGUAUUUGUCUUCAGUGCUGACGCACAUCUGCUCUCACUGAAAUAUGGAAAAAUGUGGAAAUACCCAUGGACAAAGAUGGGAAUAUGUAGCACGGAUAUGGACACUGUUGUUCAGAUUAAAGGAAGAAAGGGAGAGAACAUGUAAGAAUGGGAUUUUGCAAAUUCUCACAAAAAGGAUUUGCGUGGAGAAAGAGGACUAUACAAUUUAAAGAAACUUUCUUUUUUUUUCGUGAGCAAGAUCAGCCCUGAGCUAACAUCUGAUGCCAAUCCUCCUCUUUUUGCUGAGGAAGAUUGGCCCUGAGCUAACAUCUGUGCCCAUCUUCCUCCACUUUAUAUGGGAGGCCGCCACAGCAUGGCUUGACAAGCGGUGCGUUGGUGCGGACCUGGGAUCCGAACCAGCGGACCCAGGGCCGCCACAGCGGAGCACGUGCACUUAACCGCUUGCGCCACCUGGCCAGCCCCUAAAGAAACUUUCUGAAUUAGGAGAAAAGAUGAAAAAAAUGACGUCAGCUGAAAAUCACUCAUACGGAAAAGUGAAUGGUCUUGUAUUAAAAUACAGAGGGAUGUGCUUUGUAAAAAAUGUAAAAAAUAUGAAUAUUAAUGAAACGAGUAUUUGGGAAUAUCGAUUUCAUUUUGUCCCCUUAAGUUUGAAGCUUUGAUUCAGCGACUAAUGUUAUUGUGUAAUUGUGUGCUUUCCCCCUACCUCUGUGUGUGUGUGUAUGUGUGUGUGUGUGUGUGGUCAGUGGGACAUACUGUGGAUGCUGUUUUGUUGAUCCGCUCUUUUUCACUGAUGGUGGGUUGUUGCAAUCCAGGGCGUGUUAUGGUGUCUGGCACGUAGUUUACCUUCCAUUUGUAUUGAAUGUUGAAAAAAUGAAUAAACAAAGCUUGUCAUGUCACUGACUAGCUCCCAUCAGUGUCACUUGAAGUCUUCAUGACACCUCCUUCCAUCGUUGACCCUAAUUUAGCUUUUUGGGCCACUCCCAAUGGGUAUUGAGGUUUAAAUUUUUCUCCCCUGUUAUAAACAAUAUUGAGAUAUACAUUUGAUUAUGCUUCACUUAUCCCAAAAAUGAGGUCAUGCAACAUAUACUGUAGUGUACCUGCUUUUCCUAAUUAGUAAUAUGUGUUGCCAUUACCUAUUCUGAAUCUUUUUAGUGUAUUUUUUGAAAUUAUUUGAUUCCUUUUUGAAUCCUUUGAAUAACACAUUGCCAGUGAGACUGAGGAGUGGUCAUGAAUGAGAGUCAGAAGAUAAGAGCAAAGUUAAGGACCAGUAAGGUGUGUGGUGGGAAACUGGGUGUAGUGAUUUGUAAGUGAAAUAUUGAAAAUAUCUUUUAGCAAAACUGAACUGAGCUUUUUUGAAUACUUGAAAAUUUUCAAUUAGAAAAUAUUUUAUAG